GGGGCUUUAGCGCGUUCCGGUAACAGCGGCUCCCAUCCCAAUCGCGCUGAACACUGCUGUGUGCCUUCUCAUUGUGGAGAAUCCCAAGUCGCAACUGACUCGCUCGGUCGGUUGAGGUACCCUCUACACGUAAGAGUCUUGGAAACCCUGCCUCCCGUUGCCGCAAUGCCCACUCUGCGUGAAAGGCCGAGCAGAGGCGAGAUGUCGCCUGCCAAGAAGGCUUCUCAGAACUCUCCGACUGCGACAAGAUCGACCCCAAGAAAGCGUAGAAACAGCAUGCCCGGCGACGCGAUCGAGGUGCGCGAAUACAUUGAGGCUAAAGGUGAUGUCGACGACGAUAUUGAGAUGGACGACGCCGACAGCCCCGCGCGCGAACAGGACGAAGACGUCGACAUGGAUGCCGACGGUGACACGGACCCCGAUGCCGAUGCCGAUGCCGAUGCCGAUGCAGAUGCCGAUGCCGAUGCAGAGGGCGAGCCGGACGAUAUGAACGAACAGGCACGGCAAGAAGAGGAAUGGCGCAACACGCUGCAGCUCAUUAAGGAUACCUCUGAGUAUCUGUGCCGCUACACAAUUAAGGUCGAUGGAGAGGACCACGAGAUCGCUUCAGGGUUCCAGCGCCUUGUGAACAAGCGCAGCCUUCCCGACUACUUUGAGGUGAUCAAGGAGCCGAUGGCUUUUAGCACCAUCAGAGCUAAGCUCGGCAAGAAGUCCUAUAGGGCCUUCAACGAGUUUGUGCACGAUGUCACUCGCAUAUGCCACAAUGCGCAGGUUUAUAACAGGCCCUCUGCCCCCGUAUUCUCCGAUGCCGGCCGCCUGCUGGAAGUUCUCAAGGAGAAACUUGCCGAAAUGGUCAAGGAAGAGGUUAUUACUGCCAAGGAUGCCGAGAUCCCGGAUCUAGGGCCUUUACCCGAGUUUGAGGACUCUCCUCCGCCCGAGGACGAAGAGGAAGAGGCAGAUGAAGACGACGAUGAAGAGGAAGAGGACGACGAAGAUGAGGACUCGGACGAAGAAGGCGGCCGGCGCCGGCCAGGGAGACGCCGCCGGCAGUUUGGAGCCAGAAAGGCCGGAGACGACGGCGACGACGCUCAGAAGAAGCGCGGCAGACCACCCAAGGUCUUCACCCCUCUCGAAGCCCGCAUCCAGGCCAUUCUUAAAGGGUUGCGCCGGUUCAAGAACGAGAGCGGCCAGCCGCGCAUCCUCCAUUUCGAGAGGCUGCCCGACAAGGCUGAACUGCCGGACUAUUAUGCUGCUAUCCGAAACCCCAUCGCGUUCGAUACGAUCAAGAAGAAGCACAAGCGCAAGAAGUACCACAGUGUCGAUCAGGCUCUCCAGGACUUGGAGCUCAUGUUCGAAAAUGCCAAGCAGUUCAAUGAGGAGGGUAGCGAAGUCUACCAAGAUGCGGUGGAGUUAAUGACUCAGGCGCGUCUUCUCGCCGAGCAGGAAAAGGCUAAGCCUGACGACGACUUUCGUGAUGAGGACGGGCGGCUACCGCUCGCUGGCAUUGAGCAUAAGGGAGAGGUCUGGAGAGUUGGCGACUGGGUCCAUAUUCGCAACCCGAAUGACUUGUCGAAACCGAUCGUCGCCCAGAUCUACCGGACUUGGUCAGAUGCAACAAGCCAGAAAUGGGUAAAUGCGUGCUGGUACUAUCGCCCCGAACAAACCGUCCACCGGUUUGAUAAGCACUUCUACGAAAACGAGGUGGUCAAGACGGGACAAUACCGCGAUCACCGCAUCGAGGAUGUCGAGGACCGCUGUUUCGUCAUGUUCAUCACACGCUAUCCACGAGGUCGACCGCGGGGGCUGCCAGCCGACAAGUCUGUCUACGUCUGCGAGGCACGGUACAACGAAGAGAGGUUCAAGUUCAACAAGAUCAAGACUUGGACGAGUUGCCUGCCAGACGAGGUGCGCGACAAGGAUUACGAGAUGGACUUGUUUGAUGUGCCGCGGAACCUGAGAAAAGUGCCGAGCCCGAUCAAGCACUUGUUGCAGGCCGAUGCUAAAGAGACCGACGACCUCCCGAAGCCGACCUGGCGUAGCCCGAACGCGCCGCCCUUGAUUGGAGCAGUACACCGUCGUCCUCGAGAGCCGAAUGAAUCGCCUCCUCCGGGACCUCAUCCAUUGCCCGCCGUGGUCGCGCCUGUGCCGCUUGCAAUCGCGCCUACCCAGGUGCCCAUUAAAGCCAACAUCCCCGUGGCGGCGACACCGACCUAUCACCAUCACACGGCCGUCGCUCCGGGGCCUGCUCCGUCGCCUGCUCAUUUCCAAAUGCAGCACUUCCAGCCGCGCCCCGUUCCACAGCCUGCUCCUCACCAGGCACCAGUCCAUCUCCAGCCACAGCUGCCGAUGCCAAUGCACGUGCCGCAACAUCCUGGGAUGCCACAAAUGCAGCCAAGCCCCCAUUACCCACCCCAGGCGUAUCCACCGCAGUUCGUGGUGCAGCCCCAGCAGAUGGCCCCACAGCAGAUGCAAUACCAGACACCCGCCCACAUCGCUCCCGCCUUCGACCAGCACCAUCGCCCGGUGCAUCCGGCGCCCGCCGCCAUGACGCCGUCUCGCCCGCCCAUGGCGCCCGCACCCAGCGUCACGCCCGCCCCACACAUCAACCCUGGCCAGGUCUACAACGUGCCGCGCGCGCCCGAGGUGUACACCCUGCAAGACCCCAUCGACCAGGCGAUCCCCGACGAGGUGCGCGAGCAGUUCCAGCGCGACGAGAAUGGCCGCGUCCUCUUCUUUACGGCCCCGCCGCUCAGUCGCCCCCGCAGCAACGGCGGCGUGGCAGAACAGUACGCCGGCCUGGGCCACAGCGUCCGCCACCUGGCCAGCAUCAAGCAGCUCCGCGAGGAGCGCGCGCGCAAGAGGAAGGAGCGCGACGUGGCGCUCGAGAGAGAGCGCGAGGCUAACAAGAAGCGCGCUGCCAUGAAGGAUGUUGGCGAGCAAGCCGAGCGCGAUGUUGAUGCGGAGCGGGAGAGCAGGCAGGAGAUGCUCAAGCAGGUCAUGCUCGCGUGGGCGGCGGAGAUUGAGCGCGGGACCAAGGUGCUGGAUCAGGCGAUUGGGUUUGAGAGGUGGAAGGAGAUGAGGAGACUGGAGAAGGAGGCUGUCGAGGGGUUGACGGAGGAGCAGAUUCGGGUUAGGAGGUAUGGGAACAAUUGAAUAGAGGAGGCUGUGUAACCAUCUGCGUCGCUUGGUUUCUUUCUUUCGUCUAUUUUGCUCUUUUAUAUCGAUGUCGCGGCUGUCCAUCAUUCGAGGUUUCGGCUUACCAGACCGGAUUGGGCAGGGCUGGGUUACGGAUACGGCGUUGAUAUUGGGGUUGGCAGGGGAAACUCGAGGAAGAACAGGCCUAUACUAUCUAACCCUGGUUUGUCUGUUAGCGUGAAGCUUCUGUAAUAGGCAUUACGCUGCAUCUUCCU